UUUACUACCGUCAUCAUUCCAUGCAAUGGCCAACAUAUACAGUCAACCGGCCAAUACGGGUGCAGGAUCGCAAUUUCGUACACAAUUGGUAACUGCUCUUAGCGCUUUGAAAAGUGAACGUAAUCCAGUCUCAUUGGAACAUUUUGCAAUCGCACAUGGAAUCGAACAACUUUUACACGAUCAAAAUUUACGUGAAGCAUUAACGAAACAUGAAAGGGUGAUUUAUAACGAAAGAAAUAAUACGUUACAAUGGAAGCCAGAUUAUGAUCUUAGAACACCGCAAGAUCUGUUGAACUUGGUCAGAACUCGUUAUUACAGUGCUUAUCCACCUCAGCCGCAUGGAUUCAAAUUGGCAGAUUUACGCGAGAGCUAUCCGGCAACGAGGGAGGCUGUUGAUAACUUUUCCAGAGCAAGACAGCGUAAAUCGAAAGAAGCCGCUGAAGAGGAAGCUGAGGGAGAUGCAGAGAAUGGCGUAAAUGGAGCCGAAGAUGGACCGAUAGAAGAGACAAAGAAGUUGUUGAUCUUACCCGGACCAAAGGAGGGCAGUAUUCGACAAGUGUAUUACAACGAAGCAAGUAGUGCUGACUUUAUCGCUAGAAAUGAGAACAAGCUGAUAGAGCCAGUCGAUGACGAAUUCAAACAGCUAUGGCACUCGCUUCCUGUCCCUGAUUCGGUUGAUUUGACUCGUCAAUUGGAGCAAGAGGGACAUAUGACAGCCACGGUUGUUGCGAAUGACACUGCCGCACAAGCAGCGGCAGCAGCAGCCUUACGUGGAAGAGGCAGAGGUAGAGGCCGGGGAAGAGGAAUGGCCAGAAAAGUUCGUAUCCAGAACACUCACUUGGAAGGUGUGGAUCUUUCGAGCGAUUACAGAGGUUAGAAAUGGGUCAAGAGGAGGUAAUAAACAUACAUGUAUAUUAAUGCAACAUUUAGUAAAAGCACAUUCAUCAUUAUGAAAGAGUAUUAUACAAUC